GGGUUGGCCCAUCAUCAGUCAACAGCCCAUGAUCACAAAGCACUAUUGUUAACAAUUUGGCAUUGUCGUGUAAGUGAGUUAAGUGAGUAGCAAAAAUGGCUGUAAACGUGUAUAGUACCAGUGUUACGACGGAUAAUCUGUCCCGGAAAGAAAUGUUAGCAUGGGUUAAUCGAACCCUGCUGUCGGAGUUCAAAAAAAUCGAAGAACUAUGCACAGGCGCCGCCUACUGCCAGAUGAUGGACAUUCUCUUCCCUGGGAGUGUACCGCUGAAACGCGUCAAAUACUGCACCAAUCUGGAGCAUGAUUUCCUGAACAAUUUGAAAAUUUUCCAAAAUACGUUGGUCUCGAUGCAAGUGGAGAAAGCGGUCCCGAUCGAUAGGCUAAUCAAGGGCCGCUUCCAGGAUAACUUUGAGUUCCUGCAGUGGUUCAAGAAGUUUUUCGACGCCAACUACGACGGAAAGGAGUACGACCCGGUUGGAGCACGGAAUCACCAUUCGAUGGCAUACGGUACGCCGAACACGCUGCGACCCAAUCAGCGGGCAAACGUCAGUGGUGGACCGAAGGGGACUGGAAGUGGUUCCGGUGGCGGUGGUGGUGGGUUGAAGACGACAUACAAAUCCGGUGAAAAGAAGACCACUCCUGAAAUUAAAAUAUCGGCAGAGUUGAUGGAGCAAGUGCAAACUCUGAUGCAGGAACGGGAUGAUUUAACGCUCAAAAUGGAAACCGCUGAGCUGGAACGGGAUUACUACUAUCAGAAGUUGACCUUGAUCGAGACCCUAAUUAACGAUGACGAUAACGAACUGCAUCGGGACCUAUGUGAUCGUGCAAAGGAAAUCAUGUAUUCGGAAGAAUGAGAUUUUUAAGAAGAUUGGUCUGCUUUUGUGAGUAUUUUUAAUUGGUUGCGCAUAGUUUAAUAA